AUGGAUAUAUCUUUGAAUUUGUCGGAUCCCUUUAGAAUCGUGGUAUGUUUAUUUUUAAUCUUGAUAGUUGCCGGAGACAUUGAGCAAAAUCCAGGACCUACAAAUGGUGGACUUUCUCCAUACGUUGUUACGACGACGAGGGCAACAAGAGGCAAUGACAAAUCUCCACAAGAUAUAGAUAUUGGAAAAUCUCUACAAAAUAUUACACAAACUUUAAGUGACAUGAAUGAUAAGUUUGAAAAGUGUCGAGACGAGCUCAGUGAAAUACGAGGGGUAUUUUUCACACCAACAUUAUGUUGGACCCAGGCUGUCGAUUCAUUAUCCCAACAGGCAAGGAAAGCUUCGGGAAUGGUUAUUUCUUUUGUAAAUAGGAUGAUUGUGCCUAUAUUAUGUUAUGGGGCAGCAGUGUGGGGAUACGGACGUAAGGAUGCAAUAGAAAAAUGUCAACUCAGAUUUCUCAAGGCAAUACUACACAAUAUGUUGAAGUGUGUCAUUAUUGUUAUAGGAAGAGAUGUUCAGUAUGACAGUGUAUUUGGAGGUCUGAAUAAGUGA